CCGUGAUUGGUCUAGAAUGCGGGGGUCAAUUGUACGAGCUGAUGCUGCGACGUAGUUUCUCAGUUGACCAAUCGCGUGUCACCGCUGCGAUAUCAGCCUAAAUUUGUAUUUGUGUCCACGAGCUCCUUUUGUCCUGGUUGUGUUCAAGGUGAUGGAUGCGUUGUCGGUGGUGAGCCAGCUGCGGGAUCUGGCCUCGGAGCCCCAGAACCGAGAGGCCAUCGUGCAGGACCAAGGCUGCCUCCCCGGGCUGGUCCUCUUUCUGGACCACCAGAGCCCGGAAGUGCUGCACGCAACUCUGCAGACGCUCCGGUACUUGGCUGAGCUGUCCCCCAACAUUCCAACCAUGAAGAAUGAGCUGGGGAUGAUGGUGAGCCUGGAGAACCUUAUGGCAAGGGAGGAGCUGUCCGUCGACGUGACGAGUUUGGCGAAAGAGGUGUAUGGAAUUCUCAGCGCCCCUCCUCGUCCUGUCCAUCGCACGCCGGAAAGGAGGCCAAAAUCACAUUUCUUCCUGAACUCGUCGAACAAGAAGGCCAAGUGCGUCACGUUGCACAUUCAGGGCCUGGACGACAUUCACCAGCGAGGCUUGUGCGAGGAGGCCCUGCUGAAGGUCCGGGGCGUGAUCAGCUUCACUUUUCAGAUGGCCUCCAAGAGAUGCACCGUGCGCAUUCGCUCCGACCUUCCCACCGAGAGUUUAGCCUCGGCCAUCGCCGCCACCAAAGUGUUGUCUGCCCAACAGGUGGUGAAGAAUGAGGCAGGAGAUGAGGGGCGCUCAAGCAGAAAAGGUGAGAGUGAGAUAGGUGGAAUAUAUGUGUCGAGGAAGACGCAAGUUUAAUAUAACUUUGCGCACGAGUCAAAUUAGCAUGAACAGACCCUCAUCAUGGAAAAUGCAAUAAGAAAAGCACACGACGCAGCUUUCAAGUUAAAAGAAAAUCGAGCUGGCCGAUGAAGGAAACAGAGCUGCUGCGCAAACUUGGCAUGAAUGAAUUGGUGAGAUGCUGGAAACGGCAGCGGGAAGAACUGGAUUAAUGUAAAAAGAUGGAAAAAAGCUUUCAGAGGUGCAAUAAAAGCAGGUGGCCUGAACAGUGUUGCUGCCGCGUCUCAGUGACUUUUUAACCGAUAUGAUUUUAACUCAGCCCUGUUAUUGCUGUGCUACUACCAUAUUGCUGCUGUGUUACUGUCGCGUCAUAUGCAGAGUUUGGAAAUUCUUUGUAAAUAUCUCAUGUAAAUAUGUAAAAAAAAAAACAACUUGUUUCAAUGUGGGCACAUGCGGCUUAUAGACAGGUGCGGCUUUUGUAUGUACAAAAUGGUUUUUCCUUCAAGAAUGUGCGGGGUGAGGCUUAUAAUCAGGUGCAUCUUAUAGUCUAGAAAUUACAGUACUUUGACCAUGACAGACAAGUAAAGGUCAUAUUACCGUAGGCAUUCCAGAGGACAAGGAAUGUCUACCUAGAGGGUUAUAACACCAACGCAGGCACUAUCUGUAAGCCUGUCUAUGGCAUCUGCUUUUGUUUAAAGAUAGAGAACUUUAAAGCAAAGUUUUUUGUUUUAUAUGCAG